GUAAAUGGUGGGUAUAGACCUGAGGUUUCAUAUUGGUAUCUAGAGGACCAUGUCUGCCUGACGUUUUUUAUUUGCCACACAGAAUGUCCUAAAUUUUUUUUUUUUACAAAGUUGCCAACAAUUUAAAUUGGGAAUCCCUUUAUAUCCAUAUUUUUUACUUCUUCGAAAAACUCUGGCAACUGUCCCUAUGGCAACAAUUUGUUGAAGCUGAAUAGUGGCCUCCUGUUAUAGAUGUACACUUCAGUGUCCCACCUGGCCUGCUUCCCUUAUUUACAGUAUCUGUCUGGCUGCUAUAGGUAUUUUGGUUUAUAACCUCCAGUGGAGACCUGAUUGAAAUAACAUGAUCAUAUAUUAAGAAUCCCAAUCUUUUUUCUUCUUUUACAAAUCAAGGGCAAAGAGAAUUUUACUAUUCUGAUAUCCUCAAUGCCAUUAUUAAAUGUCUAAUGAAAAUUGCAUUUCUGUAUGUACCAAUACACAGUGGAGAGAUUUUCAUAUGUACACUUCCAUCUGGGGGUGGAGUGGCUACGUACCUCAAAAGCCCGCUUCUGCCUUAACAGAUACUGUCAUUGCUCUGUCACUUUAUCUGAACUGGCUUUCUGGAAGCUGGUCAUGUUACUGGCUUAGGAAGGACUGUAGAGCAGAUUGGGAUCUUGAAGAUAUGCCUUUGUAAACUGAGCUUAAUUAGUUCCAAUUUAAAACAAAUCUUAAUAGGAUUUUGGAUUUGAAUGCAUUGUGUUUCACUUGGUAUUAUACUUGAUUUGAAUGGAAUAAAUAAUUAUCUCAAGAGAUCUUUAUUUGAAUUCUGUGCAGUAAUAGCUGUUCUCCAUUUCCAGGCAGUCAGUGAGUGAUGAUAAACUCCAACAUCUGUUGCUCAGUGCUUUUUUCACACUUCCCUUCUGUAUGUCUGUAACUGACUUGACGGUAUCAGUCUUAGCUUUGUUGGUUUGAUUUUUCAACAGCGGGUGCCAGCUUUUUCACCAAAACCACCUGAACAACGUGGUGGUUUUUAUACUGCAGGGAAUGAGUCAGCUACACUUUUACAGGUUCUAUUUGGAGUUUGGGUUUCUCCGAAAGGCAUUCAGACACGUAAGUUAAGAAAACUUUGUAUUCGGACCUGAGUCAGGUCCUCACACUCAGAGAUUAGUGCACGUGUCUCAAAUUGUGCUCCUUGGCAACCUGAUUGAACAAGCAAUAGAAGUUGUAGAAAGCUAAAAAGAUUACGCUUGAUACCUGAGAUUAGAUUGUUGAAAUUAGAUUUAUCUCUGAUUUUUUUCUUUGGUAAUCUAGGCAAAACCCUUAAUCCCAGAUUGCAAUCUAGUUCCCAGAUUGUAGUUGAUAUUGUCACAUUUUAUUUGGGCUUUGGCAUUUUCAAAAAUUGUAAAAUUUACAUAAAAUCUAUAUUUUUUGGCCUCUCUUGACAACAUCACAAGAUUAGGUUCCCUUAAAAUAGUAUCUGGAGCUGAAUAGCAGCUGUCUUUAGAAAGGGCAUGUGCUCUCCAUUUUACCAUAGCCUCCUCCAUUCUUUUUCAGACUGUUUCAUCCAUUUACCCCUGAGAGCAUUUGAAUUGAAAUUCUGCUUGCCUCCCCCAUCAUCUGAUUUCCUAGCUGAUAUCAUUGGGCUGCAAAAGAAACAAAUAAUUGGGGAUCUGCCUAAAGAAAUGGAAGGGUCUUUACCUUCUUCCAGCUCAGAAGUCAGCAUCAACCUGCAGAAUGACCCCAUCGUUCAAAAGUAUGGCUCUAAGAAAGUAAGCUUGACCAGAUGCCUUCUCACAAAGGAGGAAAUGAAAACAUAUCACUUUCCAUUACAAGGUUUUCCUGACUGUGAAAACUUUGUGCCUACAAAAUGUUGUGGUUCUGUAACCGACAACAGUCCUCUCUUUGGGCUUGACUGUGAAAUGUGCCUGACAUCCAAGGGGCGAGAACUAACACGCAUCUCAUUGGUUGCUGAAGGAGGCUGCUGUGUUAUGGAUGAACUUGUUAAACCUGACAACAAGAUUGUGGACUACCUCACCAGUUUCUCAGGAAUCACAAAGAAGAUUCUUAACCCAGUGACAACCACACUCAAAGAUGUACAGAGACAGUUAAAAGCACUGCUUCCUCCCGACGCUGUGUUAGUGGGCCACUCCUUAGACUUAGAUCUCAGAGCACUGAAAAUGAUACAUCCAUAUGUUAUUGAUACAUCAUUGCUUUAUGUCAGAGAGCAGGGCAGAAGAUUUAAGCUCAAGUUCUUAGCCAAAGUUAUUUUGGGGAAGGAUAUACAGUGUCCAGAUAGGUUUGGUCAUGAUGCCACAGAAGAUGCUAGAACAGCCCUUGAAUUGGCUCAGUAUUUCCUCAAAUAUGGCCCAAAGAAGAUUGCAGAACUAAACCUGGAGGCACUAGCUAGUCACCAAGAACUAGAAGCAGCAGGCCUAGAGCCGAAAAAUACAGCAGAAGUAGUUCAGCAGCUAAACACAAGUGUUUUAGAAUGCUUGGACUCAAUGGGCCAGAAGCUCCUUUUCUUGACUCGGGAGGCAGAUGCUACUGAACUUUCUUCUUCCAAAAACUGUCAAACUAUUAAGUGCCUUUCAAAUAAAGAGGUUCUUGAGCAGGCUAGAGUGGAAAUCCCCCAGUUUACCUUCAGCAUCGUGCAGUUCUCUUUUGAACCCUUUCCACCCAACCUCACUGAGGAGAUGAGCAAAAGAAUGAGGAUCAAGUGGAUGGAGAUGUCAACUGUCUAUGCUGGGCCAUUUAGCAAAACUUGUAACCUUAGAGCUCUGAAGAGGCUGUUUAAGAGUUUUGGUCCAGUCCGGUCAGUGACUCUUAUUCUUGAAACCCAUCAGCCACAUCUCUGUAUACAAUACGAAAUCCUGGAAGGUGCCCAGCUGGCCAUAGAGUCUUUGGAUGGCAUCCUGGUAGAAGGUACCUGCAUCAAGGUGCAGAGGCCUGUGACAGAGCUCACCCUUGAUUGUGACAUCCUUGUGAAUGAGCUGGAACAAGAUUCUGAGAACCAAGGUACUAUAUACCUGUCUGGAGUGAGUGAAACCUUCAAGGAACACCUGUUGCAACAGUCCAGCCUCUUCCUGGGCCUGGAAGCUGUGAUCUUGCCUAAAGAUCUUAAAAAUGGAAAGCAGAAAAAAUACUGUUUCUUGAGAUUCAAAACUUUUGGCAGUGCCCAGAGGGCCCUUGGCAUUCUCACAGGCAAGAACUGGAAGCUGAAAGGCAGGCAUGCCCUAACGCCCAGGCACCUCCAUUCAUGGCUCAGGGGCUUACCUCCUGAAUCAAGGCCCCCAGGGCUUCGUGUCAUACCUCCCCCCUCGGAGCAGGAGACCUUGCAGAUGGUGAAGGUGGACCACCCAAAGAUAGCAGCCUGGCGCUGGGGCAGGAAGAUAGGAAAGCUCUACCACAGCCUGUGCCCAGGCACCCUCUGCCUCAUCCUGCUGCCAGGAACUGAGAGCACUCAUGGAUCGCUCUCUGGCCUAGGACUGAUGGGAAUAAAAGAUGAAGAGGAAAGCAACAGCCCAAACAAGUGUUUGUGAGUCUGCCCACCAUUUUCCAUGUGCCAUUUCUUAAUCCCUCGUGGGCAACAGCAGAGAAUUUGGUCAGGCUGCAGGCACUCCAGAGGCUGCCAGACCUCUAUAUAGUAGACAGUCUGGGGAAACAUUGUACCAGCUUAAGGAGUCUAGUCCAUUUAUAUGAAAUGUACAAAUUUUCAAUAAAUGCCUAAAAUUCAGACAUUCCUCAUCUUAAGACAAGGUGAGGGGAGGAAACCAGUUUGUACUUUCUUUGUGUCAGUGGGUUUAUACACAGGUAUUACAGCAGGUGCUUAUUUCAUGUAGCGCUCCUAUUAAAUGGUAUACCGUAUAUAGGUAAGGAAACCAGGAGGAGUGACUUCUCUGUGGAGAAAACCCAGGUAUUACGUAGUUUGUCAAAGUGGUAACAUCUGUGAAGCAAAUUUCUGUAAGGCAAACUGUUUUCUAUUAAUGGCUUUUAUAACACUGAAGGAAAAAGAUAGGCUGACUGCGAAUCUGGCAGGUCCACCAGAGCAAAGUUGAAGACUGACUCUUGUAGCUUUU